UAACUAUACAGAACAUAAAAAUGAUUGGUUCUAAGUUUUGUGAAACGAAAAACUUUUCAUGUAAUCAUAAUCCAAGUUUAGCAGAUAAACGGAUAUCGGAGUUCUGCAGACUGCAGGAUUGGGCUAACAGCAAUUCGCACAUUUUAUAUUUCUUCAAGAGAUGACAAUAGCAACCGGCUUUUGCACUGUUCCUUGUACCACCACAUCAACAACAAAAGAGGCUUGGAAACAAAGAUCACCAAUAAAGAAAUAUUGUUAUCAGCUUAUCUCCCCGAAAUUCCACCAAAACAUCUCCUCUUUUUCUUCUUUGUGUUCUUCUAACUUUUGCUACCUACCAAAUCCUUGUCUCUCUUCUCAUGUCAAUGACCAAGGAAGAGUUCCCUCAGGUCGUCAAUUUUUUGUGGCUUGUGUCUCUUCUCCAUCUGGUUCUACUUCAUCCAUGUCUACCAGGCUCUAUGUUAGUGGUCUCUCAUUCAGCACUACGCAAGAAAGUUUGCGAAAUGCUUUCCAAAAGUUUGGCCAACUAGUGGAAGUUAACCUUGUGAUGGAUAAAAUUGCAAAUAGACCGAGGGGCUUUGCUUUCCUCCGUUAUGAAACUGAAGAGGAGUCUAAGAAUGCCAUAGAAGGAAUGCAUGGAAAGUUUCUUGAUGGCAGGGUAAUAUUUGUAGAAGUAGCAAAACCAAGGUCUGAAACUCGCAAUAACCAGCAGAUUUCAAGAGAAUCACGCUAACAUUCAGUGCUGCUGAGCAUGCAACUAAGAGCUAGCAAUGUGAGUUCUGCUGCCGUAGUGUACAAAGGAGAUCAAGAUGUAGGCAGCCUUAUUGCUGAUAAAUAGAGAUGCUGCAGAAAUCUUUAUUUUAUGGCAUCCUUCUGAUUUGGUUCAGUUUACAUCGUAAACUCUUGUUACAUUUUGAUUCAUACAGCAAGUUAUAAUGCAUCAAAUCAAGUACGGAGUAAACGUUUUGGAAAGCUGGGUAUCAAGCCAUCAACACAUUUUGUGUACUGAUCUACCUACUCGAAGAGGUUUGUUAUUCUAGUAUCGUUAGAUUCCUUAGAGGUUGAUUAUUGUCAAAUGGAUGCCAAACAUUUACAAGGUUUUGCAUUCAUUAAUUGUAAUCAAACAAUGUAUAGAAAACUUUAUGAAUCUAUUCAAGUACUCAUCGAUUGGUACUUCUAUUUGACUACUAGCUACACUGCCCAGACCGGCACAGACAUGCAAUGCCUAUCUUAAUCUUCGUUCUUCA